UGUCAGAGAAAUAGUGUUCGCAGUCAAUGCACAGAGAAAUUCGAGGUUUCGUUGCCGGAUUCACUUGUUGUGUUGUGGACUGAGGAGUGAAAUACGAUUCCUUGGGUAUACUAGCUGUUUUGUCGAACCAAACUGAGGAAAAAUGUCGGGAAAGUCUAAGGCAUUCACCAAGGAAGAGGAGUUACUCCUUCAGGACUUCUCCAGAAAUGUAUCAACGAAAUCAUCUGCCUUGUUCUUCGGAAAUGCUCUCAUCGUAUCAGCUAUUCCCAUCUGGUUAUUCUGGAGGAUUCAUCUUAUCGAUCUUUAUGCCAAUGUAAUCUUCUUCAUAAUUGUAACGCUUCUCAGCACAUAUGCUCUUGCCCUGGCGUACAAAAACACGAAGUUUAUCCUGAAACACAAGAUCGCUGUGAAGAGGGAAGAUGCAGUAACCAGGGAAAUGACUCGUAAACUCGCUGAGGACAAAAAAAUGAGCAAGAAAGAGAAGGACGAGAGGAUCCUGUGGAAGAAGAACGAAGUUGCUGAUUACGAGGCAACGACUUUCUCAAUUUUCUACAACAACGCAUUAUUCUUGGCCAUUGUUAUCUUCGCGUCGUUCUACCUCCUGAAGAGCUUCUCACCUGCCAUUAACUACAUUUUCUCCGUCGGUACCACCAGCGCGAUCCUCGCUCUCCUUUCCACAGGAUCGCAGUGAGUGUGAACGUAAUGAGUGUAUUUAUCAACUGAACUCAUGUAGGGUAUUUCAUUAAAUGUUUUUAUACAUAUAAAUCGAUGAAUUGAUUACCAAUACAAAUUUAUUUAUAAAGAU